UUGGAGUUACUUUGACAUGAAAUAUAAGCUGACACUGAGAAAGAGAUUUACAUUUGUAGCUGGGGCUUCAAACGAAUUCUUCUGCUUUUUACAUUUGUAGCUGGGGCUUCAAACGAAUUCUUCUGCUUCGUGCAUUGUUAUAUCAUUUUUAAACAGCAACUCAAGAUUCUGAGUCCUUACUUCAGGAUGAAGACAGUUGCUGUUCUACUGCUGGCUGUUCUACCCCUCUGUGGGGCAGUUGAUAUUGUUUGCUCCACCACUGCCAGAAGUCUUACAGAUGCCCAAAUUGAAGUACAAUGUCCAUCUGGCUGUGCCACAGAAGGUGGGACUGUUUGGGGAACUGGAACCUACACUGAUGAUUCAUCAGUCUGUCGUGCUGCUGUUCAUGAUGGGAAAAUACCCAUUUCUGGUGGGAAAGUAAUUGUGGAGAAGAAACCAGGUCAAAGCAGCUAUAUGGGAUCUACAAAAAAUGGUGUGACUACAAACAGUUAUGGAAGCUGGGCUGGAUCAUUCGUGCUUACUCCAGUAGCUUCAGUUGUGCUACAGUGUGUGGACAAGGCAACCAGUCUCAGCGCCAGUACAACUGUGUAA